ACGCCUGCUGGAGCAGCGGCCGUGUCUCUGAAACCCGGUGGGCUUUUGGGUCUUUCUCUCUCCGCAAGCCCUGAUGUUUCCUGGCAGAUCCACGAGUUUCUGGUUGUAAAUUCUCCCUGAUGGUCUGAGGCUCGAUGGCCAGGAUCGUCCCACGGAAAGACGCUCCCGGCACCGGCAUCUUCCGGAAGAGACACGGAGACUUCGUGGUCCGCUCUGACCUGGGCUGCUAUUUGCGGACAGACCAUCUGGAGACUGGACGCUGCAUCGAGAUCCGGGGCCUGCACCCCUCAUGCCAGGGCGGGGAUCACUACCUGGGCUCUGAGAGGGACCCGGACAUCUACAUCAUCAAGGGCGACUCCUACCGGGUGGUACAGGACCUGAGCACAGAUGAAGGAGCUCGAGUCUACGAGCUGCAUCCCAAUUGCCGUGGCGGGGACCACUACAUGAAACGCGCCGAUUUCUUCUUCAUCCUCUUCUUUGGCCAGGGGGUUGUGCGUGGUGUGUGCGAUUUAAGCACAGACUCCAGGGGUGAAGACAUCCCCCUCCAUCCCCAGUGCUGCCUGGGGCUAUACUACUUUGGCAUUGGGAGCUACUGGGCAUUGGUCACGGUGGACCAAAGAUGGGGAGCUCAGUUCCACCUCUAUAAGAGUUUUAUCAACGCCAACGUGGCUGCAGUCUACUCCAUCCACCCUGACCUGGUGAGUUUCCUUCCUGGGGGGCUGGCCCUGACCAGGGGCCCCUCCUUCAGCGGGUGGGAGUGCAUCAAAACUCUCUCCAAUGACUCGGACACCCCCAUCACCUGGACUCAUGUCGUGGCCCGGAAGGUGGGUUUUGCCAAGGAGAAGGUGGCCUGCGUCGGGCGCAACUGGAACGUGGGGGCGUCCGGCUCACUUGGGGCCGGGGAGUUGACGGCGGCUGUCGUCAAGGCCCAGUUCUCCCUCUCGGCCCAGUACGGCGGGAGCAGUGUCAAGACGGAGAAGGAGGACUGGACUGAAGCCCGGGAGGAAGAGGAGACCUUCCAGGCUACCCUGGAACCCAAACAGAGCCUCUACGUGUGGCAGUACCGCCUCGGCCUGGGCCAGGAGCCCAUCUUGUUCUGUCGGGACAUCAAGUUCACCAAAGACCCCACUCCGCCUGCCACCAUCCCGCUGCCCCAGUUUUAAGACUAUCUUGAAGUGGACCAACCAGCGUUGGCCUGGACAUUCUUGUGCAUCCACGUGGUACAUCCUCCUACUCUAGCGGUUGUUGGGUCACAGCUAGGCGCAGCUACCCAAGGUGGGUCUUUUAGCUCAUGCACUAAGAUCACAAGCUUCAAUCCCUGAUGCUGGUAACUCACCGAGGGGCACAGUGGUUACACGGCUUGAGCUUCUUUGACUUGCUCUUGUGUUAAUAUCUGGAAAUCAGGGAUGUGGCUGGAGAGUCCAAUGGUAUUAGCUAGUAAUAGGAAGGCUGUUGUGGGGCUGACGAGUCCUGGAUUCAGUCCCUGGCUGGGAGCAACUGUCUUCCAUGAGUCUUUGGGUGGGUCAAAUUAGGGAAACUGACGUAUCAAGCGAUUGAAGGGUGAAAGUGAUUUAGGCACCUCAGUCCCACUAAAAGCUUCCAUGUGACCAAGUCACUGCUAAAAAUGGGGUUUGGCCCCUGAAUCACUUUGAAAAAUUUGACCCUCACUUUGCCCAUCUGGACAAUGGGAACAGUAGCAUUUCUAUACUGCACAGGGCGUAGUGAGAAUUGUAGGCAUGAUUGGGUGUCCAUUUUAUGCAUUUGCCGAGGUGCCUGUUAGAGUUUAAAUCUAGCAAAGUAGAUUUGCCAGUUGGAUAAAUAUAUUCCAUAGUGAACUGGAAUUGAAUGAGGAUAAAGCCUGGUUUGUUGAGUCCAUGCAGCUUACUUAUUCAAAUGCUAGGUUCUGCUAUUUCCCAAAUCAGGGCACUUGCUUAUCCUUAACCAAUCAAGACGUUUAUUAAUUCACCAAGGGCCACACAGAUCAUGGUAAAUCACUAGAUUUAGAAAUCACGGUCAGAUACCCAGUAUGGACUGAACUCAAAAUACACAUGCAGUCAAAUGAAACAGACUAGCAUUGGGCCCAGCUGUUAUAGACUGAUCCAUAAAAUUUCUUUCAACAUUUACUUCUAAUCAUCAGUCACCAGUUUUGUAGUAUUUCUGCUACGUUUAUCACCCUCCCAGGAGUCCAGCGACUCUUGUCUUAAGGGACUUUGAGGCCAUGUGAUCACCAUGGUCCCAUCUGGCUUGGAAACCCUGCUUUGGGAAAGCCUUGGCAGGAAAGGGACUGAUUUAAGUGAUCAAAAACAAUUGCCUGAUAUUAAGUUUCCCUCUGGCCAAUUGACUUGGCUUUAUAAAGGUUUAGCCACAUACCGGUAAAAAUCUAAACUACCAAUUCUUGCGUCUGUCACCAGGAAGAGGCUGGGCUCAUCAGGGAAUUUGCAGGUCCCAGAUUUUAAAGGCCACAACAGACCCAGUCUCUGAAAUGAAAUCUCUUUGUGCCUUCUCAGCCCUGGGAACUCUCCAGUAGAGGGCGUCGUUCCACACGGCUGGUCUGUGUUGGUAGCACUUCUGUAGCUCCCUUUGUGGAUUCUUCUGCUGAAGCCCUAUCACCUUCGAGGAAGGGCUAGUAGGACAAUUGGGGUGAGCUAUCUCUGGGAUCCCACAGGGCAUCCUCGGUUUUAUACAUCCUGAUUUAAGGGCCAUUGGAAACCACUCGGCUUCUGAUUUCUACUGGACACUUUCUUCAUGACCAUCAGACUUUGCUUGUUUGCAGUGUAGAUGAGAACAUAAGAACGGCUAUGCUGGGUCAGAGCAAUGGUCUAUCUAGCCCAGUAUCCUGUCUUCCAACAGUGGCCAAUGCCAGGUGCUUCAGAGGGAAUGAACAGAACAGGGAAUGUUUGGUCCCAGGACAUGAGAAAGACAAGGUGGGUCAGGUAACUUUUAUUGGACCAGCGUCUUUUGAUGAAAGCAUCAAGUUCUGCCCCAGCCCUGUGGAGCUCGAAAGCUUCUCUCUCUCAUGGACAGAAGCUGGUCCAAAAAAAGGUAUCAACUCCCCCCACCGUGUCUCUCCCUCUCUCAGCCUUUAGCUGGUUUCCACUGCUGCUUCCAUCUACGUCCAGUAGAUGGUGAUGGUGUCCAACAGAUAGCUUUGAUUCUUUCCUCGGAGGGUUUUAAAGCUCUAUUGAUUUCAGGGACUGUAUUUCUCUUUAUUCACUGCAGCUAUGAGUUGGGAUCCCGCCGCCCCAGCUAUGAGCUGGGAUCCGCCCCAGGCUUUUAAGCACUGUCUGACGCUUCAGACAUUUUUGGAGCAUGAGCUUUCGUGGGUGAAUACCUACUUCAUGCAUCUGAUGAAGUGGGUAUUCACCCACGAAAGCUCAUGCUCCAAAAAUGUCUGUUAGUCUAUAAGGUGCCACAGGACUCUUUGCUGCUUUUACAGAUUCAGACUAACACGGCUACCCCUCUGAUACUUGUCUGACGCUUCGUUGAUUUCAAUUCUCUUUCCUUCUCGUGCCCAACGAACCCUCUAACAUCUAGGGUGCAACAGUCCUGAAAGCAAACACAAUCCAUUAUAGUUCCCCGAAACAUAGUGGGCUUUUGGCUAGUUCUAAUAUCUUUGCUUUUGUGCCCUUAAACCGGCAACAUUCAGGUGGAGGUGGAUGAUCUGAUGCAGACCAGUGCACAGCUCCUAAUUAGGGGAUGAGAGAUAACGGAGGAGCAAAACAGAUUAUCCAUGGGAUAUUUUCCCUAGAUUCAGCCAUCCUGCUCUUCUAGGACAGUCUUCCAACCUUAGCUGAGCCGAGGUGUCACAAGGUUAAUGGUAGUUUUCUUAUGGUCGCCAGUUUCCAGCUGGAGUUCAGAACUAGCCUAUUUUGUGGGGAUCGGAGAGGAAUAGCUUUUCUGCCCUUUGAGGACCGAGAAGAACUAAUUAUUAUUAGUCACAUAUUCUAGGCAUAUUUCUAGCAGGAUGGUAACCCAAACUGUGAGACCUUCAGAUGCUAAUGUGGUUCAUACAAGUGACUGGCUCAGUACUGGAUAACUGGCUUAGCUGAGGUCUGCACUAGCUGAUUUAAUGGUCCCUUUAAAUCCCUGAAUAUGAGCACCUCUAUGGACUAUUUCCCGCUACCUGAAACCUGCCUAUGGGCCUUUAACGUUCAAAUUCACGGGAGAAAUGUCAGCUAUUUGUCAGCUGUGAAUUAAAAUAAACAUAAAGGAACUUUGCACAUU